AAAAUGAAAAAGAUCUCUAUCUCCCAUCACUGUUUAAUCACUUUGAAUUUCCAGUCUCAAAUUUCGGUUUUGCCAUGAAUAAUGGCAGAUAGUUCCAGAAACUAAACAAUUUCAACCUUGCACGCAAACCCUUCUUCCCCAAUUCCACACUGAACAUUUUCAAACCCUAAAUUAUUUUAGCUGGAUUAACAAUUUCUUCAAAAUAUUACCCAAAACCAUGAUUGUUGUUUCACUAGCAUCAUCCACACCUAUAUUCACCUCCACCACCACCACCACCACCACCGCCGCCGCCGCCGCCGGAGGCGGUAGUUUUCCGCCCCAAUUUCCCCUUCUACCUCGCAAAAUUCCUUCACAGAAAAGGAGAAAACUUUUGAAUAAACCACUCCGCGUUGCUGCUCCACCAUCCAAUACCACCACCGCCAUUUCCGAAGAAGAUCAACAAAAAUCAAUCGACCCCGAAGAUUCCGACGAACAAUCUUCUUCGAAAUUCUCAUGGAGAGAUCACUGGUACCCCGUUUCCCUAAUAGAAGAUCUCGACCCGCUUUACCCGACUCCAUUUCAGCUCCUCAAUCGAGAUCUCGUUCUCUGGUUCGACAGACCGACUUCACAAUGGGUUGCCCUAGAUGAUAAAUGCCCCCACAGACUCGCCCCCUUAUCAGAAGGGAGAAUAGAUGAGAACGGGCACUUGCAGUGUUCGUAUCACGGGUGGUCUUUCGACGGAUCCGGGUCGUGUACACGGAUCCCUCAAGCAGCAUCAGCUGGGCCGGAGGCGCGUGCGGAUAACUCUCCUAGGGCGUGUGCAACUAGGUUUCCUACCAUGGUUUCUCAGGGUCUUCUCUUUGUUUGGCCAGAUGAGAAUGGCUGGGAAAGAGCUCAAGCAACUAGCCCUCCUAUGUUGCCGGAUGAUUUCGAUACGCCUGAAUUUUCGUCGGUGACGAUUCAACGUGAUCUGUAUUAUGGGUACGAUACUCUCAUGGAGAAUGUGUCUGAUCCUUCUCACAUUGAUUUCGCACACCACAAGGUUACUGGCAGAAGAGAUAGAGCGAAGCCCUUACCGUUUAAAAUGGAAUCAAAUGGCGCAUGGGGUUUUGCCGGUGCAAAUGAAGGCAGUCCUAAAAUCAGUGCUAAAUUUGUCGCACCGUGCUACUAUAUCAAUAAAAUCGAAAUUGACACGAAGCUUCCAGUUGUGGGUGAACAAAAAUGGGUGAUUUGGAUUUGUUCGUUCAAUGUUCCGAUGGCGCCUGGAAAAACACGCUCGAUCGUUUGUAGUGCUCGAAACUUCUUCCAGUUCAGUAUGCCUGGCCCUGCAUGGUGGCAGGUGGUUCCUCGAUGGAACGAGCAUUGGACUUCAAACAAAGUAUACGACGGAGAUAUGAUAGUACUACAAGGCCAAGAGAAAGUCUUCCUUUCACAGUCAACGGAAGGUUCCACAAACGUCAACGAGCAAUACACCAAAAUUACAUUUACGCCCACUCAAGCCGACCGCUUCGUAUUAGCAUUUAGGAACUGGCUGAGGCGCCACGGUAAUAACCAGCCUCAAUGGUUCGGUACCCCUGACCUGCAAACAUUACCCUCGACCAUAUUAUCCAAACGCCAGAUGUUGGAUAGAUUCGAGCAGCACACUCUGCAGUGUUCGUCGUGUAGGAAUGCGCAUAAGAAUUUCGAGACACUGCAGAAGUUUUUCAUCGGUGCAGCUGUUGUUUUCGCUGCGACAGCUGGCAUUCCUCCGGAUAUUCAGAUACGGGUAGUUAUUGGAGCUGGAGCAAUUUUAAGCGCUGGAAUGGCUUAUGCUGUUAGUGAACUCCAGAAGAACUUCGUGUUCGUAGAUUACAUACAUGCCGAUAUCGAUUAAUUUAUACAUACAUUAUUUCAUAUAUAUAGAUAUAUAUAUCACAAGUGUACUAGAUCUGUAGAUUGUAUAUCCAAGAAUCAUAACUUGAAUGGUAAUGUAUUUUUACAAUUUUUACCGAGUAAA